AUGGCUGAAGCCCACCGCUCGCCGCACUUUCACGACAUCUGUCGCGCACAGCGCUCUCAAAUGACGACGGUCACGAAUUCAAUUCCCGAUGAUGUUUGUCGCCAGAUCUUUGACUGGGUGGCGGCAUGCAACGUGGAAAUGGUGCCAUCGCUAGUUCUGGUCUCUCGGGGAGCUCAGACUUGGAUGACUCCUCUUCUUUACAAGGUUGUUGUGUUACGAUCUCAUGUAUCCGCACAGCAGUUUCUUCACACAAUUCGCCAUAAACAUACCGAAUUCUUCCUGAACCACGUAAAAUCCCUAUGCCUAACAUCAAAAAUCGGCGGUGGCGACGCUUCCAGGAUCCUCCGUGCUUGCGCCAACGUCGUCAACCUAGCUGUUUGGUUACCCGGCUCCCUUCCCAUAAGCGCCAGCACCACUGCCCAGCCGCGUACCCUCUCCAUCAAUAUCCUCAGUCCUUCCUCCAUCCCAAAUCUCAGCCCUGAACCCACUUUCGCCCUUCCCCUCUUCUCCAGAGUCUCGCAUCUCGUCAUCACCGACCCAUUUCAGUGUAGUAAGAUCGCAGAGCUGUCUCUCCUCCCGUGUAUGACCCAUCUCGAACUUAGUCUUGCCCGAGGAACGCCAUACGCCGAACCAAUACUCCUCCUCAUGUCCUCCUGCGACAAAAUCAAAGUUUUGGUGCUUUUGGUCGAUUUCGUCACUUUUAUACAGGGACCGAAACCACUGAGCGGCCAUCCCCUUGUAAACAUCAAACUUGGCGUGUUUGACAUCGUUGACGUUGCCCAACACGGUCACCUUCGCUCCUCAACGCUGGAUAGCAAUGAGUGCGCUGCAAUUUCUCCUCCUCAAGACGGGGCCUGGUUUCUUUCUCACGUGGCAACGGCGUUGGAAGGCGCUCUUAACAAGCAUUUCCAACCUGUGGUCAUCAUCCGAGGAAUGCUCGAGAUUGGAAGGGAGCAGCAGGUGAUUCAGUUUUGA